AUGGAUCAUGAUCACAUGCAUGACAUGCCUCCACCAUCACCAUCAUCCAUGAUGAACAAUGGAUCCAUGUCCGGAGGAGGACAUCACCACAUGAUGACGAUGCACAUGACUUUCUUUUGGGGCAAGAACACGGAGGUUCUCUUCUCCGGUUGGCCGGGAAAAAGCUCCGGCAUGUAUGCUCUUUGUCUCAUCUUUGUCUUCUUUCUCGCUGUCCUCACCGAAUGGCUUGCUCACUCUUCUCUCCUCCGUGGAAACACCACCGGAGAUUCGGCCAACCGCGCCGCCGGACUAAUCCAAACCGCCGUGUACACACUCCGUACCGGCCUUGCUUAUCUAGUCAUGCUCGCCGUCAUGUCCUUCAACGCCGGUGUGUUUCUUGUUGCUCUCGCCGGUCAUGCCGUAGGUUUCAUGUUGUUCGAAAGUCGAACUUUCCGGAAACCUUCCGGUGACCGGAAAACUAACGAUCUUCCUCCCUCAGGUCAUGCUUGUUGA